AUGGCGGACGUGGCGACCCCCUCCCUCCCGAGCGCUGCGGCGUUCUGGAGCCGGGAUCUUUCUGAUGAAGAACAAUCAGUAGUGUAUGUUCCAGGAAUUACUACAGAAGGAAAUAUCAGAACAAGACACAAGUUGAUGAGUCCAAAAGCUGAUGUUAAACUUAAGCCUUCUGGGGUGGCUGCAGCUUCAGUCUCCAUGGAGUCUUUAAAAGGUGCAGGAGAUUCAGUUCAUCAACAGAAUUUCCUCAAGGGAGGAAUAAAGAGUGCGUCAUUGAAGGAUUUGUGUCUUGAAGACAAAAGACGCAUUGCAAACUUAAUUAAAGAACUGGCCAGAGUAAGUGAGGAAAAGGAAGUGACAGAAGAACGCCUAAAGGCCGAGCAGGAAUCAUUUGAGAAGAAGAUUAGACAGUUGGAAGAACAGAAUGAACUUAUCAUCAAAGAAAGGGAAGCUCUUCAGCUACAAUACAGAGAAUGCCAAGAACUUUUAAGCCUUUAUCAGAAAUACCUAUCAGAUCAGCAGGAGAAGCUCACCAUGUCUCUCUCAGAACUUGGUACUGCUAAACUUCAGGAGCAACAGGGAUCCAAAAGGAAAAGUACUCUCCAGUCUUCAUCUAUGGAACUGGAUGGAUCCUACUUGAGCGUGGCCAAACCACAAAUAUAUUAUCAAAGCAAACAACGAUCUAAGUCUGCAAAACAGGACUCAGCUUCAGAAUCACUUAUGGAGUUUAGGAAUAAUUCUUUGAAACCAGCAGCCCAUCAUCAUCCCAAUGAAGGUUUAGACAGAGUGUCAUCAGACACCAAAACAUUUAAUUGUUUGUCUCCAGGGAGAAAACCAGUGGGUGUAGUCCCUACAGAAAAAGUUCCAUGUGAAGAGUUGAAGAUAAAAGAAUGUCCAGACCAUAGACCUCCAUCUAGUCAAUGUUGUGGUCAUAGACUUUCUGAAAAUGUUCCUGAGAGCAAAUAUGGCCACCCUACAAACAUGGCCCCUCAGUGUUCCAGGACACAUCCUGAAUCAUGCAGUUAUUGUGGGCUUUCCUGGGCACCUUUGAUGCAUGGUCAUGGGACACUGCAUCCCAGUGAAACUGAUAUCAAAAAGCAACUCUCAGAAGAUAGAAGGCAGCAACUUAUGCUUCAGAAAAUGGAGCUGGAAAUUGAAAAGGAACGCCUUCAACACCUGUUGGCCCAGCAGGAGACAAAGCUUCUCCUAAAACAGCAGCAACUUCACCAGUCUCGACUGGAUUACAAUUGUGUAUUGAAGUCAAAACGUGAUGGCUGGCUGAUUGGGACAUCACCAUCUAUCAAAAAGUUCCAAGAAUCCAUGAGCAGUGGAGAGAAUAGGAAGGGGAAGAAAACAGUUGGAUUUCAGUCAGAGAUGGAUGAUGAUGCCCUAUGGACAUGUCGAAGGAAGGAUACGUGUAGACCCCAAAGAGGUAUUGUGGCAGGAGUUAGAAAAGAUGCAUCCACAUCUCCUAUGCCUACUGGAAGCCAAAAAGAGCUUAUAUCUGGGACCACAGCAUCAUUCCAGCGUGACACCUCCCGGUAUGAGACAUCUCUGCUGGAUCUGGUUCAAUCUCUGAGCCCAAAGUCUGCUCCCAAACCCCAGCCACAUCCCUCCAGAGAAGCUGGUGCCUGGAAUCACAGUACUUUCCGACUGAGUCCUCUAAAACAGACCCGGGACAAGAUGGGGGCAGGCAGGACCCCUGAAGACCUGGAGGAGAAUCAGAUUCUGGAAGAUAUAUUUUUCAUUUGA